CGCAUUCACCGGGGGAAAAAAAUAUAUAUAUUUUUUUUUACAUCAGCCGAUAUAAUAUUUAAGUUGCAGUGGUUGAGCUGACUUGUGAGGCGAAAAUGAUAACUUAACGGACACGGGCGGAUAAGAAGUCCAGUUUCAGGCAAAGUUGUACCUGCAAACGUGUUCAUUUCUAGUAAGUAAGUCCGUCGUUUGCUUAGGUGCGUCCACGCACGAAUGGCGGGUGCGCACGACAACAGGAUAUCUCUGUCAAAGACGAAAUUCAAACCCACGCCCUUGAAAGUACAGAAUCAAAGUCCAGUUGGCUGGGAGGCUGGCUCUGCUGCGCCGCUUCACUCCAAAUACGGAGCCAUCUUUUGCACAGCCUGCACAUGAACAGCGCGGACUGGUGCAGCCACGUCUGCUCGGACCCCCGGACACCCUAGAGUAUAGAUGCUUUCUGCGGUUAAAAUGCUGAGGAAAUCUCUGCUGAGCGUCGGGCUGCGGGCGGACCGACAGCCGCCCAAGGCGCCUCGGGGGGCGACGGCGGUCCCGGAUCCACUCGGUCACGGGGACAUCCGCCGCCGCGACGCAUCCACCUCCAGCUCCGGCUCCACCACCGUGAUGGGAGCCAGCAGCAAAAUGAAGACGCUGGACGACUUAGGCGGCCCGAACUUCAUGACAUCCUUAUACUGGCUUUUUGUAAAGGGGUAUUUCCAAAAGACGCAACAAAUGCAAAUCGAGCACAGCAAGAUCUACGGUCCUCUGUGGAAGUCGCAGUACGGCCCUCUGGUCGUGGUGAACGUGGCCAGCGCUGAGCUGAUAGAGCAGGUUUUGAGGCAGGAGGGGAGACACCCCGUCCGGACUGACAUGCCCCACUGGAGGAGCUACAGAGAGCUCAGGAACCAGGCCCACGGACCCUUGACAGAGAUGGGGGCCAAGUGGCAGCGCAUCCGCAGCAUCUUGAACCCUCGAAUGUUGAAGCCCAAACACGUCUCCUCCUACGUUAGCACUAUCAACGAGGUUGUGACGGACUUCAUACACAGAGUGGCCUGGCUGAGGGAAACCAGCGGCCAGGGAGUUAUGGUCAAUGACCUGACGGGAGAACUCUACAAAUUUGCUUUUGAAGGCAUCUGUUCAGUGUUGUUUGAGACGCGCAUGGGCUGCAUGAACGAGGUGGUGCCCGAGGAAACCCAAGAGUUCAUCAACUCCGUGGGCAAAAUGUUUCAGCUCUCCCAAAUCAUCGUCCUCUUCCCCAAGUCCACCUGGCCUUACUUGCCUUUCUGGAAACAGUUUGUGGCAGUCUGGGAUCAUCUCUUCAAAGUCGCUGAAGUGUUGGUGCAGAAAAAAAUAGAGGAGAUCCAAGAGAAGGUGAACCUGGACCACAACGUGGAGGGCGCGUACCUCACACACCUGCUGCUCAGUGAACAGAUGACGGUCACUGAGAUUCUGGGAAGCGUCACCGAACUCCUGCUAGCAGGAGUCGACACGACAUCCAACACUAUCUCGUGGUCUUUGUACCACUUGGCGAAAGAGCCACAGAUCCAAGAACAGUUAUACCAGGAAGUGAUAAGUGUUUGCCCUGGAGACAAGACACCAACCAGCAAUGACUUUGCUCAGAUGCCGUACCUGAAGGCCGUCAUCAGAGAGACGCUACGGCUGUAUCCAGUGGUACCAGGGAACGCCCGGGUCAGCGUUGAAAAUGAGAUUGUGGUGGGAGAUCACCUCUUCCCGAAGCAGACGCUGUUCCACCUGUGCCACUAUGCUGUGUCCUAUGACGAGAAUAUCUUCCCUGAGCCCCACACCUUCCUGCCACGCCGAUGGCUCCGUGGAGAGGAGGAGAAGUCCAAGCAGCACCCGUUCGGGUCCGUCCCGUUCGGUUUUGGGAUCCGGGCGUGUCUGGGCCGACGGGUGGCCGAACUUGAGAUGUAUCUUCUCCUGUCCAGGCUGAUAAAGCACUAUGAGGUGCGGCCGGAUCCUGCUGGAACCACAGUGAAGCCGAUCACCAGGACCCUGCUUUGCCCCGCUACUCCAAUCAACCUGCAGUUUCUGGACAGAAGAGUCGGGCAGGAGGAGGAGCCGAGAGCGGCAGGAGGAGGAGUUUCUCUGUGAGCCUGUUUGGUAUUCACACGGCGGAGCCUGCCUGUCACCAAGCGCCUGUUUAUACAGAGUUCACAUCCUGACAACUGCCUGGAUGGAAUACAUCUAAACUGUGGCAUAAAGUGUGAGAUAACUGACCAAGUAGUGGGUUGUACAGCACAGAAUAUAAUGCAGUAUGUAUAGAAUUAAAAAAAAAAUGUUUUGGGUACAUAAUAAUUCUUUAACCAACCCAAAAAAGAAAAAAACUAUAAAGGGUGUAAGGGUUUUUCUACGGGGAUUUGUUUAGUUUCCGUUCUGCAAAUGCUGCAUUCUGGUUUUUAUUAAAAUCUUCGGCUGUUGCCUCGCAGCAGGAAAUAUCCUGGGUCCAAACCUGAUUAGUGGCAGCCUCGAGUUGGAGUGACGUUCCCUUUAGUUUCCCCAACAUAAAAAGUACAUACAUUUUACUCCUACAGGACACGUCUGUUGUUGUUCUAUCUUUUCUUAUUUUCAACAAUAAAGUACGUUAGUAAGUAAAAUGUGAACAUCACAUUUGGCAAAACUGUCUGCAUCACCAAUGUAAGUGCUUG